GCUCUCCUUGAAGAAGGCACUCAGAGGGAUUUAACUUUCCUCUUAGUGAGCUCUCCUGCUCUGGAUCUCUCUGUCUCAUCCUGCUCUUUCUCUCGCUGAACCUCACCCCUUCAUAGACGACAGCAGCCAUGUCUUCGCACAAAACCACUACCUACAGCAUCAGCGGUGGAAGCAUAAGCAACAUGGGUGGAAAUAUCAGGAAGGGCUACUCUAGCAUGUCUGCCAGCGGAGUACCCAUUGGCAGCAGAGUGAGCACUGUGUCAUUACGUCGUUCCGGCGGUGGCGGCGGAGGCUUUGGUGGGUCAUCUGGAUCAAGCUACAGCUACAGCAUUGGCGGCGGUGGCAUGGGUGGAGGUUACGGAGGAGGUUUCGGAGGAGGUUACGGAGGAGGUAUGGGAGGAGGUAUGGGAGGUGGUAUGGGAGGUGGUCUUGGAGGUGGUCUUGGAGGUGGUCUCGGAGGUGGUUUCGGCAUGGGUGGAGGAUUUGGCGGCGGUGCAGGGUUCCCUGGUGGUGUAGCACCGAUCACAGCUGUCACAGUCAACCAGAGCCUCCUAGCCCCACUAAACCUAGAAAUCGACCCCAACAUCCAAGUUGUCCGCACCCAAGAGAAAGAGCAGAUCAAGAGCCUCAACAAUCGCUUCGCUUCCUUCAUUGACAAGGUGCGCUUCCUGGAACAGCAGAACAAAGUACUCGAGACAAAAUGGAGUUUACUGCAGGACCAGACCACCACCCGCUCAAACAUCGAUGCCAUGUUCGAGGCCUACAUCGCCAACCUGCGCAGACAGCUUGACGGACUUGGUAACGAGAAGAUGAAGCUGGAAGGAGAGCUGAAGAACAUGCAGAACUUGGUAGAGGAUUUCAAGAACAAAUAUGAGGAUGAAAUCAACAAGCGUGCCGCAGUGGAGAAUGAAUUUGUCCUGCUCAAGAAGGAUGUUGAUGCCGCCUACAUGAACAAGGUUGAGCUUGAGGCCAAGGUUGAUUCUCUUCAAGAUGAAAUCAACUUCCUCAGGGCCAUCUUUGAGGAGGAGCUGCGUGAACUCCAGGGACAGAUCAAAGACACAUCAGUCAUUGUGGAAAUGGACAACAGUCGUAACCUGGACAUGGAUGCCAUUGUUGCAGAGGUUCGUGCACAGUAUGAGGACAUUGCCAACCGCAGCCGGGCUGAGGCUGAGACGUGGUACAAACAGAAGUUCGAGGAGAUGCAGUCAUCUGCCGGAAAAUAUGGAGAUGACCUUCGCAGCACAAAGGCUGAGAUUGCUGAGCUCAACCGCAUGAUCAGCAGACUUCAGAAUGAAAUUGAAGCCGUCAAGGGACAACGUGCCAACCUGGAAGCUCAGAUCGCUGAGGCUGAGGAGCGUGGAGAACUGGCAGUGAAGGAUGCCAAGCUCCGCAUUAAGGAUCUGGAAGAAGCCCUGCAAAGAGCAAAGCAGGACAUGGCGCGCCAGGUGCGUGAGUACCAGGAGCUCAUGAAUGUCAAACUGGCCUUGGACAUUGAGAUCGCCACCUACAGGAAACUUCUGGAAGGAGAGGAGAGCAGGAUUGCAUCUGGUGGUGGCUCUGCAACCAUCCACAUUCAGGAGUCAAGCAGCAGUGUCAGCGGUGGCGGCGGCGGCGGCAGUGGCUUUGGAUUCGGUGGUGGUGCUGGAUUCGGUGGUGGCUCUGGGUUCGGUGGUGGCUCUGGGUUCGGUGGUGGAUUCGGUGCUGGCGGCGGUGGCUUCAGCAGUGGCAGCGGCUUAGGAUAUGGUGGUGGCUCAGGAAUGUCCAUCGGUGGUGGUGGCGGCAGCAGCCAAGUCUCAAUUUCCCGCUCUAUGGUGCAGAGCCAGAAGCGCCGCUUAUAAACCAAAACGUCCACCCAGUUUCCCGCUUCCAAAUACCAUCUACCACCUGGGCAACUCCUAUCUUUUUCACUCUACAUUUCAACGGUUCAUAACUUUUUGAAGAGUUUAACCCCCAAAAACCAUCGUGACCCAAAGAGACUUUCAUGUCAAAGUGUUAUAUCAGAAUGGCUUUUCACACUCACUUUGUUGUCUUUGAUAUUUGUUUUUCCUCUUGGCAUCGCUCUUCAUCCAGAGUACAAAUUGUCUUUUAAGGGGAUGCACAAAGAGAAAGGAGCUAAUGAGACAGACAAAGCAUGGAGCUCAAGUACUUUUUUCAGGGUGAAUAGCUUUUGUUGCUCUAUGUCAUGACAUGCAAGUAUUAAACACACAAAAUCAAUUCUACAACUGGCAUCGUUAAUGCUUCUGCUGCAUACUCAUAGUGCAACAAAAUCUACUCAAUUGAGCUUGUACUGCCCUCAGAGAGGGGUAACUGAGGCAAAUCUCAGUUAUUACCCAACUUUCACUCUUUCCUUUUCCUGAUUUUGGAUGAUGGGCUGAUGAGCUGUUCUUCUGUCAAAACUGUUGUAUUCAUCAAGCCAUGUACCACUUGAAAACACCAAUAAAUCAGGGUUACAUAAACA